ACCAAUACACCACCAGUAGUGUGAAACUUAUAAUACGAGAAGAACUUUGAUAGUUUUGUGUAUAAACAAAUUUAUGUGAAAUUUAAAUAUGUAGGUGUUUAAUGAAUCAUCGAGAUUCUAAAUCACACCAGAUAGUUUUCUUUUUAGAUUUACAAUCAUUGAUUUGCUUAUUCAAAUUCUUCUAAAAAGUGUUACAAGUAUACGAAUUCAUGCAAUGGCAGGCAAAGAAAGCCCUUCAAUUAAUAAUUGUGGAAGUGCUCAAAGAAAACUAAGUUGAAGCGAGGCAGGCCAAGUCCCAGUGGGGACGUCGAGCCAUAAAGAAGAAGAAGAAGAAGAAACGGUAACCACUACAUGGUAGAUCUUCUUUAGAAUGAUUGGAACAGGCAAAAUUUUCACUUUUCAAGAAAUGGUCAAUUACUGUAACUUUUAGAAAAUUGCAUUAAAAAUCUCAAUUUUUACUGUAAGUUGAUCAACUAGCUGUCAAUCAAUAGUCCUAAUUUGAGAAAAAAUCUAUAUUUUAUUCUAUAUUUCCUGCAAUUUUACCCAAGAUUUCCUUCGCGUUUCCUCUAGAAGUUCUCCCGGGGACUGCUUCAGAAACUCUUCCAAAACUCCGUCAGGGAUUUCUUCCAGAAAAUCUUUACGAGAUUCCUCCCGGAGUUCCUUCUAGGAUUUCUUCAAAAAAUCUUUCUGAAAUCCUCCCAGGAAUCCUUCAAGAACUAUUCCUCCAACAAUUUCUGGGAUUGCUCCAGGAAUUCCUUCCGGAAUUCCUACGAUAAUUCUACCGGGAACUUCUUCCGGGAUUCCUCGAGGAACUAUAUUUAGGAUUCUUUCAGAAGCUCCAUCAGGUAUCCUCCGGGAUUGAGCUUCUGUCAGGAAUUGCUUCUGGAACUUAUCCAGGAACUCCUUCGUGGAUUUUUCUGGAAAUUCGUCUGGUACUCCUUUUUGAACUCUUUCUAGAAUUCAUCUUGGAGCUCAUUCCGGGAAGUUCUUCUAAAUUUCUUUCAGAAACUGCUUCCAGGAUAUCUUCAGGAACUCUUUCAAAAAAUUAUCUAGAAGCUUUUUGUCGGUUUAUCCCGAGAGUUUUGUUUGAGAUUCCUGUAGCACCUUCUGGAAUUCAUCUGGAAGUUCGUUCUGCAACUCUUUCAGUUGUUUCUAAUGGAAAUUCACUAGAAGUUAAUUAAGCAAUAUUUUGAUUUUUUUUCCUGCAGUUUUGAUUUAUAGAAUUCUUUCGAAGUUUCUACAGGAUUUCCUUGCGAAAAUACUACAGCUAGUUGGUUUUCCUCAGAAGCUGUUAGGAGAAUCUCGGAUGGAAUUCAUGGAGCAUUCCCGGAACUUCAGGAUAAAUCCAGGAAGAAGCCCAAAAGUCCCAGAAGGAAUUUCAGAAGGAGAAUGGAUCACUAAAAUAACUAAAACGGCCGCUAUGAAAUGAACAGAUAGCGCCAACGUAGCCCUGUGUGUUUGACGUAACUCGACUGCUGUCACUGUGUUGCAGUCCAUAUACAGUGGCGCUUUUGUUUCGAAGCGGUGAGUAGCGGAAAAUUUGGGUUCAGUGAUCGAUUCUGCAAGGAGUUCCUGAGAUGGAAACCCCAGCAAGAAUCGCAGAUAUAGCUCCCUGAGCAAUCACAGGAGGAAAUCAUAGAGGGAUCCUAGAAAAUAAUUGUGGAAAAACCACGGAAGAAAUUCCUGAAAGAAUCUCAGGAAAAAUUGCUGGGGUAAUCUGGGGUAAUCAUUUCUAGAGGAAUUUCAGAAGGAAUGUUUGUAAAAAUUCCUGAAACAUCUGAAAUAACAUCAAACGGUAUUCCUGAAGCAAACUAUGAAAAAAAUCUGUGGAAGAAUCCCAGGAGUACUUGCCUGAAGAAUCCUGGCAAGAGCUCUUGAAGGAAUCCCAGACGGAACAGAAGCAUCUCUGAAGAACUUCCUGGGAAUCCCAAAAGAAAUUCCUGGAGGAGCCCUGGAACGAAUUUGUGCAGAAACCGAGAAGGAUUUCUUGUAGGAAUCUCGGAUGGAAUUCCUGUGGAAUCCCAGAAGGACCUCCUGGAGGGGUAACAACGUGCCGUCAUCAUGCAUAAAUAAUCACACUUUCCCACGCACGCGCACCCCACAUUUUGAAUUAAAUCAUACCACCCAUGAAAAGCUGACGAAAGUCCGAAUCGUAAACAACAAGGCCAUGAAACUUCAAAGACUUGGCAAAAAAUAUCUUAGCAAUCGCGGCUUGCAGUGCCCUAUACAAUUUUUUUAAGAUUUUAAUACCAAAAAGCGUUGCGGAUGGGGGUCAAAAAUCUAUAUUUUAGCGUUACGUGAUGAAUGGAUCCUUAUUAUCAAGCUAUUUAAUAGUUAUUUAAGUGACCAGUUGCAACAAGUUGAUUUUUUCAGUACGAGUCGUACAUUUAUCCAUCGAGGCUUGCCGAUAACGUACUGAUAACAUCAACUUUACAUCGUAUUAUUCGAAUCAUCAGGACAUCAGAAGAUUCCAAAAAAAUCAUUCUAUUUAAUAUGGAAAAUAAUUAAAUAUACUGGAAACCGCACGGGACUAUCAAAACAUAGCACGAGCUAUGGUACACAACAGCUGCACCAAUUAUCACCAAGUUGCAGCGGUUAAAGCACCAUCGUCGGAUAAGUGUAUAUUACAUUUUCUACUAUCUCAAUUUCAAACGAUCACGACGAUAUAAAAAACACCAUGUCACUGUUAAAUAACAGCGUCUACGGGAUCCGAGACUCAAUCAACGCACUGCUAGAACAGCUAAUCCCCGAGACAACCAUAUUGUCGGACCCCGGCAGUUAACUGCACUUGUUGUAUGGAGGUACGCCCGCUGCUGCUGGCUGGAGUAAGUAUUGUAGCAAGCAGCCAAGUAACAACCCAACCAAGGGCGCACGCUUCGACUUAUUCACUAAUCGCUGGAAUUUACAUGAACGCCCAACGAUCGAUCGGCUCACGAUAAACAGUGCGAAAUCAUCUUCCGGGAGAGUGUGCUUACAUUGCGGGGCUAAGAAUGACUAUCACGCCGCCGGAUAGGGUAUGUAUACGGUGAGACUGAUAAAUUUAAUCGGCACCGUGCGACAUGGAGGGAACAGACGGUUAGCGAUUAAAUAUACUGGAAAACGAGUCCAUGUUGUCGUUUGGAUGAGAAGUUAUCAUUAAAAUUCCACUGUUCCCAUCGUGCUGACGUAUGGACACGUUUUCAUACUCUAUAUGAAACUCUCAUAGAACUGUCAUAAAAACCGCGUCGAAUUUGCACGUCUCUGAUUCUAAGCAAACAAUAGCGCCAAAUUGAUGUUUAAGUGAUUGAAUUUCCGUUGGUCGGUGCUAUUAUACAAUCAAAUCCGCACCACAACACUAGCUCAGCCUUUGUAAUUGCUCGAUCAAACCGUGCCUCCCAUAGUGAUGCUACUGCUACCAGGUCAGUUCGGGAGAAUCCAAUUGAAUUGAUCACGAUAAAUAAUCUGAUCCACCAGGAUCUAUCGUCCGGCAUCAGGUGGGUGCCAGUUCACCGCAGAAGCCGGGCCGCAUAGCAAAUUGCAUUAAUAGGUGAAAAACGUGAAGUGAAUGGGAAUAAUUUUAUAUAAACGUACACGAUAGGUUCUACAGUCCACAACACGAUUGUUAAACGGUGUAUAAUGAAAGCAUGUUCAACACCGGGAAUAAUGGAACACAAAAUAUGCAAAUAAUGGAAGAUAGUGAAUUAUUAUCAAACGAUUCGAAGCUAUGUCAUAACUUAUCUUGGGUGGAAGAUUUACUUGUUUAACAGCAACCACGGAAGAUUUAGGUGCUAUACAGUAUGACCCAUAAAAAAAUGCGAAAAUCCAUUUUUUUCUUUCUUUGGUAAUUUUUGUUGCAAUAUUUCUUAUGACUUCAGUUUUUUUAGAUAGGGCUACAAUAAGGAGGUGAUUGUCAUACAGGAUAUCUCAAAUAAGUGUCAAAAUAUUCAUUGGUUACGUAUGUGGAUACCUAAUAGUUGCCAUCAAUUUCUGAAAAAAAUAAAUGUUUCCUCGAAUUUUUGGAGCUUUACGAAUUAAAAUGAAAACUUUUAAAUACAUGUAAAUCAUGUAGAAAUAUGUACUCUUAAAAACGCGGCCCUUUGAAAAACUUUUUGAAAACAAUAUCAGAUGCUUAGGAACCAAAAAACUAAAAAAUGUGGCAUAUUUCAAAACCCUUAGAUAAGAUAGAUCCAUAAAUAACUUCACUCUGUUUGAAAAAAAUUCAAAAUAAUUUUUCGCUAAUGAAGGCUCAUAAACCUACGUUUAUAAUAGACACAAAUACGUAGUACUUUAAAAGAGUUUGAUACUUCAUACAUUUGUUUUUCUGAAAAUGUCCAUUUGUCGCACACUCUAGUUUUCAGUAAAUGUCACAUAACUUAUAAGAUAAUAAUUUUUUUUCACCUGUAUGAAUCACCAACGAUCGCCUGAAGACCUUGUCUAGCUAUGAAAGUGCUGUUCUUGAAAUAAAAUUUAAUUGAAUGUGAUUGAGAGCAAUUUGACAAAAAUUACAACCUUAAAAAAACACCUCUGGCGCGAGAACGUUUUUGAAAUCCUUAUCUUCAACAUUACUUUUUUCAAAGGUUUAUGAUUCAAAUCAAUAAAUGUUCCUAUGCCGUUGAUAAAUUAGUGUCUUGACUAUAUUAUCCAGUAGAAAAAUGCAAAGUUUAUCGAUUGGAAGCACGUGAGCAAUGUCUUCGAAAACUUUCGCAUUUUUUUAUGGGCCAUACUGUAGUUACUUUAAUGUACACAGUUUUAAAUUGUUACGUCAAGUUCGCUGUAACAAAAUGAUCUCCAUCGCUUUCAACAAAAUCCUUUAUUGUGGAUUGAAAAAUCGCAGGUUUUAUGUAGAACUGUAAGCAAACGUUACUAGCUAAGGCAUUAAACAUUUAAAAAAUACUCACAGAGCCUCAUGCAUCUAUGUUUGAUGAGUUUUAAGUUUUCAGAGUCUCUAGGAGCAUUCUUGAGUAUAGGUAAUCGAAUACUCAAUAUAGUCGAAGCGGUAAACGUAGGUAUUCAGCAAGACUACUACUCAUGCUGAGCGCUAUGAGUUCUAUUUCCGGACAGUCCAAGAACUUUUCGUGAUAGAAAUUCAAUUUCUGAACAAUUCGCAAUCCUAAUGUACACAAACGGAUUUGAUUGGAAAGUUUAGCGCCCAUCAAUUGACUACCGAUAACGGCCUACAACACAUUAAUUUCGCCACCUCUAAGGAAAUGGCCAGGCCAUUCGUAGCACCUUCCUCCAGCACAGCCUUCCUUAUCGUUACACUUGGAGAUCACCACAGCCAACAGAAUCGAAAAUCGACCACGUUCAAACUGAUGGACGGCACUUUUCCGACAUUAUCGACGUCAGAACCUAUAGUAGCGCUAACAUCGACUUCGACACUGAUCCACUACAUGGUGAUGUUCAAACUGCACCAAAAUUUUCCGAACGGCAAUAUCUCGAGGCAGCGUUGCCAGAUGAAAACGAGCACGGGUUCGUGGGACUGAGCAGACAGAUCAAAUAUUUCCAAGAGAAGUGCAGGCGAUUAAAAAAACAGAAAACGUAUGGUAAGGUGGGGUAAGAUGCCGUUUUUCAAACUUGGAUCGUUUUCAAUUGUAAAGAUCCUUAUUUGUUAGGCAUAAAAAAUUAUUUUGCUUGAUUUUUCAGCACAAAAAUUCCCUGAGUUUUCAGGUUUUCCAGGGGAGCAUGUGGGAUGUUUUUAAUUUUAAAAAAUAGACCAAGACCAUAUACAUAUGAUCAUUGAAUUUUCAAACUAAACUUGGAUGUCUGUUCUCCGUGCUAGUACUAGUGUAAUAAUGUUGGGAAUCUACCCACGAUUCUUCCUUGAUUCCUUCCAGAUUUUCUCCUUGGAUUUCUACCGCAAUUCCUCCUUUAAAUUCUUUCCCAAUUUUUCUGUAGAACUCUUCCCGCGCGCUCAUCCUUGAAAUUAUCGAAGGUUUUUUUUUCUGGCUUUCGCCAAUUUCCCAAGUAUAUCCGGAGAUUUUUACAUAUUUGCUUCCAUAAACAGUUUCUUCCGAGAUUUUUUCGGUGUUCUGUUUGGAUAUCUGAUAGUUAUCCCAGGUAUUUCUACCACAGUUCCUCCCAGGUUUUCAGCAGAAGUUUUUCACGGAGGUUAUGCAAGAGUGUGUGUGUAUCUCCCAGGAUAUCUUCCAUAGUUUCUCGCUGGAUUCUUCCCGGAAAUACAGCAAAGUUUCUCACGAGAUUUCUCCAAUAAGAGAGACAUCCCAGGGCGAGCAUCAGACGGUAUCUUCUGAGAGAAGCCCCGGGAGAAACUCCAAGUGAAAUCUCGGUCGAAACUUCUAAAGAAAUCCCGCGAGAAUUUAUUAUGAAAUAUCCCAGCUCUGGAAAGCUAUUGGGGUUUUCAUGAAGAUAUUACAAGAGAAAUUGUGAAAGAUGAAAUAACUCAGACAGAAAUUAAGUGAAAAACUUCUCAAAACCCUUGGAGGAUUUCUAAUAGAAAUCUUAGGAAUAACUCCUGUAUCAACGCAGGGAGAAAUCCCAGGAAUAUCUCCUGGAGAAGUCCCAGGAGAAACACUGAAAAGAAUCGCGGCAUCGAGAGGAAUCCCCAUCGAAACUCUAACAGAAAUUUCACGACAGUAUCUGCGGUAUAUCCUGAAAGAAACUCUUGUAGAGUUCUCGGAAUAAACCCUGGAAAAAAGAGGCCGGAAAAAAACUCUGGAAGAAAUUCUCUAAAAAUUCCAGAAAAAAUAAUCGAAAUCCAGGACUCCUGCGAGAUUUUCAAGCAAAAACCCCGGAAACAAACGUACAAAUCUUGGGAAAAUGCUGGUAGGAAUCCGGAAGAAUCUUCGGAAGAAAUUCAGUAAGAUACAAAGAAAAAUGUCGUGGAAACAUACGAAAGAAAUGUGGGGAAAUCAUGGGAGGUAUACAAGGAGAUAUAUUCAAAGAAUUUCCAGGAAGAAACCCUGAUGAAACUUCUGGAAAAAUCUUUGUAGCCGAUUUUCUAGAUCGACUGACAUCAUACUGAUAUUUAAAAAAAAAAUCUACUCUACUUCUAAGUAGAUCUACAAGUAGUAAAGUUUGCCAAUUUUAAUUCAUACGACCUGUUCAUUAAAUUUCCCUUUGUAUUCACAAUAUUCCCUGAGUAUUCCAAGUUUUUCUCUGUUAAAUAAAAUUCCCAGAGGAUUCCAGGUUUUUCAGGUAGUAGACACCCUGUUGGUUCGUAAAACGGAAGUGGUGCAAAAAACACCUGCCAUAGGGAAGAUGCCACUUAAUGACGACAUUCAAAAAUUACGUCCAUAUUUUUUUUGCCAUUGCAGACCCAUUUGCCCUCCUGCUCCCAUUGUCCUGCUUUUUUGUAUACUCACUACAUGGAGUGUCACGAUUUCACAGACUUCCUAUCCCCUAAAAGAAGGUCGUCAAAUUUGAACGAAUCCUAGCAUGGAUAGCGCAGGCAUCAACAACCUUGCGCCUCAAUGUGUUUCUCAAUCUCCUCGGAAACACUUGGCUGAACAUCACCAGAAAACCUUAAUUGCAAGCAAGAAAAACCGAAAGUUGCCAAUUUUUAUUGUGAAUUCAAAAGAUGUUCUAUGGGUUUGCCUGAAUGGCUUCUCGAAGGAUCUUGACACCAAAUAUGAUAAAAAAUAAAGAUAAAGAUCAAAUCACAAUCAGAAAUGUUUUUAUGAGAGGGGCCACUUUACCCCACCUUGGAAUUUUGGACUUUGUUUCGCUAGCGAGGACGAUAAUGCAGUAGCAUGGGACCCGGCAGAACGUGGAACGAUACAAACAGAAGCGGAAGCAGCAAACACCUUCAUCAGAAAAAAAACGGGUCUGAAAGAUGCGGACUUCGAGGAAAUGGAUCUGCUGCGCCGUUCUCUAGAUACACGUAAGUUAUACCAGAAGCUCAACGCAGGCCGCAACUGCUUCGCACCACAUGCAGAAAUGUGCAGGGAUAAGGAUGGGAGCCUCCAGACGGACAUACGCAGUGUGAUUAAAAGGUGGAAGUGACAUUUCGACAAGCACCUGUAUGGGGCGACAAGAAUGUAGACAUGGGGGAUCAUGGCAACGGAAGAAAUAAUUAUGUUUGUGCAGUAGAGAAUAGGAACGAACUAACUCUCACACUGAGAGAAAUUAUGGAUGUCAUCCACCAUCACAAAAAAAAAAACAAAAAGGCAACUGGUAAGGGUAGUAUCACCCUUAUCUAAGUUCUUUAAGUUAAAAACCAGCCUCGUUCUUUCUCUUUUCUAUGAAUACAGAAGAUUUAAAAAAAAAUGUGUGUAUGUACACCCACGUGAUCUUGCUAAACAGCUGCUCGUCUACAGCGUCGGCAAAUAGCUCACUCAGUAAAAUAAUUUAAUUUGGUGUCAAACCCUUUAAAAUCAACCGAAUCGAUGAAAAUCAUUGAACAAACAAAUAAUAAACACCACGUUAAAAGCAUCCACCCUUGUUAGCAGAUGGGCAGAAAGAAAAUAGAAACAAGCCUAUUCUGUCAAUCAACACUUAAAUUUGAUAAACUCAUCUCUUCGAUCAAUUCAACAACCCCCUCUGUCAAAACUACUUAUCGAAAGUAUUGCUUUUCUCAGGGACCCGAAAUAAUUAGUAACGGAUGCUCGUGUCGUCCGGAUAAAUAUGAAAAUUUGAACCAGAGAAAGCAGUCGUCAGUUUGCUUUAAUUAACCUUUCGCGACGAAGUGAUAACGCAAACAUUUUUAUCGCUUUCGAAGCCACACGAUUCGGCUUCACCGCAGCUUUACACAUCUUGCUAACUGAAACAAAAAUGCGUAAAUUACUUAUUUGGCGAAUAAAUUCAUUAUGGGUAUAGCGAAUUCGCGUCAGUGAGAUCGGGCUAUCUAGUCGGACGACAGUAUCCAAGAUGAAAGCGGUGUGUUUAUUGAUUCUAAUAGUUGUAUACGAAACCAGCAGCAUCGUUAUCAGCAGAAGUGAAAAUUUCGAAGCAAUUGGACAGAAUGUAACCGAGAGUAAGCAGUUACUUUUGCGGAAGAAACGGUUUCUGCUUUUCCCGGUUGGAGCCGCGUUUCUGGUGACGGUAGCGUUUGCCAAAGGAUUGGUACCUAAAGCCCCUACGGGCAAUUUUGCCAUUUUGGAGUUGGAUAUGUAUCACCCGCUUCCAGACUAUAAGAAUCGCAUCACUCAAUUCAAACUAGGUGAAAUAUCUUACCCACCAAAACCCAACGCCAAGCCUGCACUACCACCGACUCCUCCACCACGAUCAACACCGCCACCAGUUCCUGCACCAUCUCCUCCUCCCCCACCACCUCCUGAAACUGUUAACGAUCACCAUCACUUUGCAAAUGAGCUCACAGAAAUGGAACUGCAAGACUACAUAAAAGCUCAUCCGGAUACGUGGGUACCCCCAGGAUACGGCAAGGACCGAUCCGAUUGGUUCCCAGCGGAUACCUACAAUUCGUACUCAAACUACCAGCAACAACCCCAAGCAACGAAUUACAUUCCCUUUGACCAUACCAUGUGGGACGAUAAUCCAUCCAGUUCCUACAGGAUGAAACGAUCCAGUGACGAUGCAGUUUCAGGCUACCAUUUCGAAGAAGAGAUUGAUCGAUAUAAUAUCAGCCACCAUCGCGAUUGGGACCACUAUCACCACUAUCGGGAAAAGAGAGAUUUAUUCAACACGCUGGAACGCGCACUUGGAGAAGAAAACCGUUUCCAGAUGAAAUCCUGUAUCAUGCGAGCCAUUUGUGAAGCACGAAGCUUACUAGUACCGGGUAGAUCUAUGAUCACGGACAUUCUACGGGUCAUGUUUAGUGUUCCACUGAAAGAUGAUCUUCAGGAUGAAUACAGUGAAGUGAUGCGACACGACAAUAUGGAUUGCCAUGAGGUUUAUGGAAAAGAUUGCUCUGUUAGUAUAUUAUAUUUGCUUCUGUUUGGGAAGUUUGUGCCUUAGUUAUUACAAAAAUAGACAAAAAAAUACCGCAUUUUGUUGAAGAAAGAAAGUCCACCGGUUCGUCGCUAUUAUCAUGCUUCACAUGCCGAUAAACAUGCUUGCAUUAAAAAGCAUGUCACACUUUUAAAAGAAAAUUUCU